GUCAGUUAGCUGAACGCUGCGUGGAUUUCUGGCAGCGAUAGUUCACGUCAGUUAGCUGGCUAGCUGGCGGAGCUAACUAGCUGGCCGGGGGAUAAAGCCCACCCAGCGCGGAGCACCGAAUAUCAAGCCGGUUCAGCCGUUUCAGUGACCUCCACAAACACACGACGUACUAGGGUAACUAAACACAAUUAACAACAGAUCCAAACGACCAGUGAGUUCACACACGGGCUGUGUAAUCUCGGAUAUUUGUCCGCUCUUUCUCUGUUUUCUUGAGUUGUAGCAGCGAUUUUCCUCUGAUCGCCGCUUUAAGAAGGUCCUAGGAAAGAUUACACCGUGCCCGCUGCGCCUUUGUAGAAACCGUAAGCGUUCAAUAGGCACUGGUUAGGGCAGCUACUUAUUGUCGUUGGGUUGGCUUGAUUUGCUGCCCCGUCGAAGCCGUCACCCGGCUCUUCUUUGUGUCAACAUGAGUCCCCGCCCUCACGGGCUGUACAGGAGUAACAUCGCGAGUAGCCGUUACUCUGGGUACGUUCCAGACGGUUAGUACUCAAAAAAAUAAAUAUGUCACAAGUUAAAUUCCCGCUUUUAUCGCGUGGCGUUAAACCCGUCGCUUUAUUUACAGCGUUAAAAAAACGUUAAAAGUACACCUUUAAACGUACGUGACUUGAACUUAGUGAAUUGGGUGCUGCGCAGUGGAUCUUGCGCCGCCUGUUGCCAUUGACAACUGCGUCUGGAACGAACCAUAGCGUCACACCCACGAUCACGUGACAAGGAAAAACAAACGCGCGGUACUACUUAGUUACCCCAAACAGUCACGUUCAGUUAAAAAAGAAGUGUGUUUAGGAGGUGAAGUGUUGUUUUUUAUUUUAUUUUAUUUAAAAUAAUGCAAAGUAACGGCCGGAGGCCAGAUUUAGUAAGAGCCCGAGCACCGAGCAGCAGCUGUGGGGCUGAAGCAAAAGCAGUCCGUAAAGUUCAGAGCAGGAAGGUUCCCUACAGAGUUGGAUACAGCUGGAACAGAGGUGGACGGCUGAAGGAGCUGAGGAUAAGGCACUUGGCAAGGAAGUUCCUGAAGAUAUGGAUCCAGAAAACCUUUGGACGAGUUCUUCCUCAUGAAGCCAGGUUUCACUAUAGGAGCGUGGUACUGAGACGAACCUUUGAAGGAUGGAAAGACGAGUGGUGGGCGUCCCGGAGAGAGUGGAGUCUUACAAUGCGAGCAGAGUGUCACCACAGGUACUAUCUGUGUAACUUGGCCUUCCGUAGCUGGCGAACGUUUAUGACACUGCAGAGGGAAAAGAAGAGCAAGAUCCAAGAUGCUCAAUCAUUUGCUGAUAGGCAACGGAUGCGUCUGGUCUUGGACAGAUGGGAGGUUUUCACAGAGAUGAGGCAAAUGAAGAACAGAAUGCUUCAAUCUGCCCUUGAGCUGAACAGACUCACAACCCUGCACUCAGUGUGGAGCUUGUGGCAGACCAGACUGCAGCAGCAGCAAGACCUUUACGCUUUAGAGGAACAAGCCCUGAAACAGAAGGCGCUAACUUUACAGAGCAGGACUUGGCUUCAGUGGAAAGCAAUGCACACAGCUGCUUGUUGUCAGAGAGAGAAAGAAUCUAAAGCUGCUCGUCACUUCAUCCUCAGACUGAAAGGAAAAACACUACGUCGUUGGAAAAGUUAUGUGUCCAGUCUCCAAAUCAAGAAAAAGUCACAAGCUGUGGCUCAGCGUGCAUACCAUCUCCACCUGAUGAUGACGUGUUGGAGUAAAUGGAGCAGUGCCUUGCUUCGCAAACAAAGCGAGGAGGUGCGUUUGGAAGCCGCAGGGCAUUUGGCCGUACGGAGCAGCCAACGCAGAGCACUGGAGCGCUGGAGAGCUUACGUGACAUUGUGCCGAGAAGAGGAUGAAAAAAACAGGAUUGCAAGUCGACAUCAUCGUCAUCAUUUACUGCGUGCCGGACUACAGGGACUUUCUCUUAACGUCAUCCGGAACAAAACUCACCGACUGAACAACAACAUGGCUGUCCAACAUUAUCAUCAGACUAUGACAAACAAGUAUUGGAAGCUGUGGCAGGACCGUCUGGAGGAAGCUGAAGAUGAGUGUUUUCAACCCCAAAGAGAAAUGGCGCUGACUACCUACAGCACGUCUCUGAUGAGCAGCUGUUUUCACUACUGGAGAGAGAAACUUGCUGAGCAGAGACACAUGCAGGAACUGGAGCGGCGUGCCGACAUGUGGUUUGCUGAACGCGUGUUGCCUCUGUGUUUUAACUCGUGGGUUGAUUUUACUCUGCAGAGGAGACUCCGUGAACAGAGGAAACACAAGGCGGAAGUUUAUAAUCGCCAGCGUCAGUACACUUGGGUGUUUUACACCUGGUGGGGACAUUCAGAGAAGCACAAGGAGCAGAUGCUUUCUGAGCGGAUGGCAGUUUUACACGAGGAGCAGUGCCGCUUGCAGAGAGCCUGGAGUCGCUGGAGACAGCGGACAGAGCAGCGGAUCAAGGAGGAGGAGAAACGGGAAGCCUCAGAGCGUCUGUACCUACACAGGCUGCUUCGCAAAACAGUGACACAGUGGAAGGACAACAGCACCGAGAUACGACACAGGAGAAAUCAAGAGCAGCAGGCCUGUCGUCAGGGUGACCUGCGUUGCAUGAGAUGGGCUGUGGAAAAAUGGAAACAGUUUGUUCAGAGCCAGCGAGUGAAGAGAAGCAGACUGAAGCAGAUGCAGCGUUACCAUGAAGUUAAACUACUCAAACGCACGUUUGUGGCCUGGAAGACACACCAUCUUCAAAUAUCUCAGGUCUAUGCUCACGCAGAGGAACUUUACACGCGACAUAAACAGAACUCUCUCAGGAAGGUUCUGUCGGUCUGGAGGGAGAACGCAGUGCUUCUGGCAGAAGUCAGGCUCAUGGAGCAACGAGCACAGGAUCACUUCCAGCAUUUCCUCCAACUGAAGGUGCUUCUUGCUUGGAGAGAAGCAACAACACGUGCAGUAUCAAAGCGCCACCAGCAGGAGGAAGCAGUCAGCAGGGCUCAGAGGUCCAUAAAUCAAGUGCGGCUGCUGCGGUCCUUGAGACAAUGGAGGAAGCGAACCAGGGAGGCUCGGAGAGAGCGGAUCUGCAUGGAAAAAGCCAGACGGCACCAUGAGUCCGAACUCCUUUCCAAGGCGAUGAAAGCAUGGAAUGUGCAUCACAGCCAAUAUCAGAAAAAUAAGGUAAUGAAACGACAGGGGAUCAUUUUGCUGAGGUUGAAGAUGUACCAGACGUACUUUGAACUGUGGAAAGUAAAGCUGCAGCACAGACGGAGAGAAGCUAAACAGACGGAGCGAGCGCUCUGGCACUGGUCCCUCACUCUUCAGGCCAAAGUGCUGUACGGAUGGAGGCUGCUGGUCACAGAGCAGCGCAGGAAACGAGAGCAGGCGGCCCGAGCUGCACAGGUCUACAGGGACCAGCUGCUGAGGGAGGGCGUGACGUGCAUCCUCACCUACGCUGCUCACAUGAACGACCUCACAACGAGCCUAACACAACACAGCCAGGAGCAGAGAUUGCCCAGACAUGCCCAGAGAGUGGUUAGGCGUUGUUUUAUGUGGUGGAAGCAGCGGGCGCUGUGUAAAACACGCAGCAGGCAAGAGGUCAAAGAGCAACCCCCAAGAAAGAGUGUGACCUUCUGUUUGGACACGCCUGGAGUGAAGAGUCUUUCUCCGUCUGACUCAGCAGAGCAGGAGGAUGAAGUUGAAAUGCUUAGCAAGCUGAUGCUCAGCUCCAAGCAUCGACUUCAGCCACGUCGCCGGGAGGAUCUGUUCCUGGAAAUAAACACUGAGAAUCAGUCGGACGUCACAAGCACUGAAGCAGCUCCAAAACCCUCGCAGCUCAGUGGCCGUACAGUGUUGUCCUGCCACCAUCCUGCUCAAGUCUCUUCUACCUCCACAGAUCAGACAAUCAUCACAUGUAAUGUGUCACCCUGUGAGCCUCACACGUCCACUAUGGACUCACCUCACGAGACCCGAGACAUUCUUUUACCCCCCUCUGCUUUCAUGACCCUUGGGGCCGAAGAUAAGGGGGGGACCAGCAGCUUAGGUUUUAGAGAUCGCUCAUUCGUUUAUCCAGACGUACGUCUGAGAGCAUCCAGUGGAAAAGCUGCGGAGAUAGAUCCAGCUUCAGAUCUGACCAGAGAGCUGCUCGACAUCCGGCUGGAAAUGAAGACUUACCAACAGGACAGGAAGCAGCUCCGGGCUUGGCAGAAACUGAAGGAGGUAUUACGAAGCUGGCUGCGGAGCAGCGGAAAGGACGAACAAGUGGAAAAACAUGCUGUUUGUCAAGAGCUGAAGGAGUUGGAGGAGCGCAUCGACAGACUGUCCACCAAACUGGAGAAACAGAAACCAAUAAUGCUUCUCCACAGAGAGAGGAUCCAGCAUUUGCAGACUGUGCUCACAGAUCUCAAUGUGUUUACAACAUUAGAGGAAAUAGUUCUCACACAAUCCAAAAGUGACGACACCUGCUGAUCGUUUGGGACCACGGGGUCAUCUGCCUGGAUCACAUUUCAUAUAACGGCAUGAAGUGAAAGGGAAACCUGUUCACCAGCCGGUUGCUUGCUUGUUUUAACAUUUGUACCUCUUCUGCACUCGUGAGGAUAAAAAGCUUUUUAAAUUUUAUUUCUGUUAAAUAUCCUGUAAACAAAUCCCUCAAAACACAUUAAAGCCACGUUCCUUUCUCUGCUACAUCUACACUUAAAAUCUCCAAAAGCGUUGGCUAGGGGUCGUCCUUGUGACGGCUGGUGCUAAAUAUUUUCCAUAUGUGUGAAAAAAAUGUGACUUUACUGUUUUCAGAGGAGCUGCCUUUACGCAAUGGGUUUUCUAUUUAUCCGUUAGUGCCAGUGCCUCUAAUACUUUGGAAAAUCUAUGCAGGAGUAUCUGGACAGCUGUCUGGUGUGCUCCGCAGACUACGUAAGGCAGGUUUGAGCUACAACAGGCUAAAAAUGCGAGGACUUUAUGCCAUUUUAGUCUUUUUCAUCUUUGUCUGCUGUACCAGAGGUGAGUUUUGUUACUGAACUAGUUUAUUUGCCUACAUUGUUAACUUAUUUAAUGUUCAUAUUCAGUCUCAUUGUGUUGUUCAAAGUAUUUUUAUUCUUUUGUACAUGUUUGGCUUGAUUGUUUCCAAACUGUUUGGAACUUUUUGUGGACUUUAAUAAAAUCUAAAGGCAGCGUUGCA